CGAUCACAUGUCAAAAUAUAACAAAAGUUCUGAACGUAAACAUUGUGAAGUGUUUUUAGAAAAUUCAUCGCGUAAUGAAUUUACGAAAACUGCGUAUUUUUCUCAAAUAUUAUUUUACUCCUUAAUGAAAAAGCGUAGUCAUGGAUGACAUGGAGCCUUUUAUGAACAAUGAUGUAUUUAAUGUACGCGAUAUCUCUGAAAUAGAAGAUUUCCUAAACAGUUGUGAUGGAGAUUUCAUGAAGAAGCUAGAAGAGGAGCUGUCGGUUGUGGACACGGACUCCGGAAUUUUGAGCGUAGACACGAAAUACAAUCCCAAUGUUUCAUCACCCCAAACUUCUCCGUAUUACAACACGCAGGGGAACCCCUUAGUGUCACAACAGCCACAUAAUAUGAAACAGUUCCAUGCCCAACAACCAAAAAGCAGUCCCGGUUUGGGGGUCUACGGUAGGGAAGAAAGUUACAACUUGGAUAUCAAAGGAUCACCAUUGCCUGAUGUGACUCAGAACUGUCAAACCCAACCAGUACAGACACCGAUGAUCGUUCAACAAGUAAUACAGAGUCCUCUGUAUGUUAACUUGGCUCAGGGAAGCUUACAGAGGCUACCAGAUGGGAGGGCAUCGCUAGUACAGGUGGAGGCUAGUAAACAGAGCAAUCACACUAAGUCGCAACAACCAAAACAGCAGCUGCUGUUACCAAAUAAUGCCAAUUCUGUCAGACCUGUAUUUUUAAAGAGUGCAGAUUCAAAUUUUUCACCUGUGAUAUUACAAUCAAAUAUUUUAAAUCCUGAUUCACAGACGCUCAUGUAUACAAGUACACCAGUGCAAGGUACAACACAAGGUAUUAUUACCAAUGCAAAAUCAGGGAAUGAAAGUCAACCCAUACAUCUAUUUACAAACAGUGGACCAACACUGCUUACAACUGGCAUACCCUUAGUGCUGGACGGAGACAAUAUUGUUACAGGUCAGCCUAAAGUUAGGGAGGUGAAGAAGAAGAGUGCUCACAAUGCUAUUGAAAGAAGAUACAGGACUAGUAUUAAUGAUAAAAUUAUCGAACUUAAGAAUAUGUUAGUUGGUGAAGAAGCCAAGUUAAAUAAAUCUGCAAUAUUACGUAAAACAAUAGACUACAUAAAAUACUUACAAAAUCAAAAUUCAAGAUUGAAGCAAGAGAAUACGGCUCUUAAACUGACUUGUCAGAAAUCAGGAUUAUUGAAAGAGCGAGUGUUUGAGGGAGCGUACACUCCUCCACACAGUGAUGUAUCAUCUCCCUAUCACUCACCCCAUGGAACUGACAGUGAUUCUCCAUCUUCUCCUGAAUACAAGGUUGAAGAAAAGUAUUCAAAAAUUGUGAUGGGUAUGGGUGACCAUUCUCGUUUAGCCUUAUGUGCUUUUAUGGUUGGUCUUCUCGCCUUCAAUCCAUUUAGUUCUUUCUUAGGAAAUAUUAUGUCAGAUUCCUCAUCACAUGAUUAUUCUGCUAGAUUUGAUCAAAGAAGAAUUUUGUCAGAUGAUGACUUAGGUAUAACCGGCUUGUCUUGGGGAGCAUGGCUGUUCAACACUUUCAUAAUUUAUGUCAUAAAUUUCAUAAUACUCGGAGGUUGCCUCAUAAAACUUUUAGUUUAUGGGGACUCUGUACCAAAACCACAAUCAAAAGAGGCUGAAACAUUUUACAAACAUAAGCGACAAGCAGACAAUUAUUUGAAAAAGGAUGAUUUACCAAAUGCUCGCCUAGAACUACACAGGGCGUUAGCUGCAUGUGGUAAAAGUGUACAAGCAGGCGGUCCGGGCCACGUGAAAUAUUCGGCCUUGAUAGCUGCAGUACUGCGGCAAGUGUUACAACAGCUUCCCUUCGGAGGGUUCCUCGCGAAGCGGGCUGGUGAUGUAUGGAGUGACAGUCCAGCAAGACGGGCAACCCAGCAUUGGGCAGCUGAGGUGACGAGCGUGUCCCACCGUUUGGCUCAACUAGAGAUUUUGUCGAGCCAGAGCAGUCGUGGCGAGCGAUUGCUCCUCGCUCUGCAAGCGGUGAACUUUGCUCAAACCACAUCUAACAAACACCUGCUGGCUGAAACUUAUGUCACAGCCGCUUUGGUGUUUAAGGAUAACAUGCCCAAGAUCGGCAACUGGUUGUGUGGAUACUACCUACGUCUGUGCGUGUGGUGGUGUUGGGAGACGCGCUCGGAGGGCAACCCCCGCAUACGCUGGGCGACGACGGGGCGCGGCCAGAAGUUCCUGCGCUCCCGACACUGGAGCUACGAGCCCAACCCGGCGCACGUGCUGUUCUCGCGACUGCCCUCCAUCACCGACCCGCUCGCGUACGCUAUGAGAGUGAGUGCUUCACAUAGAUACUGCCUACGUCUGUGCGUGUGGUGGUGUUGGGAGACGCGCUCGGAGGGCAACCCCCGCAUACGCUGGGCGACGACGGGGCGCGGCCAGAAGUUCCUGCGCUCCCGACACUGGAGCUACGAGCCCAACCCGGCGCACGUGCUGUUCUCGCGACUGCCCUCCAUCACCGACCCGCUCGCGUACGCUAUGAGAGUGAGUGCUUCACAUAGAUACUGCCUACGUCUGUGCGUGUGGUGGUGUUGGGAGACGCGCUCCGAGGGCAACCCCCGCAUACGCUGGGCGACGACGGGGCGCGGCCAGAAGUUCCUGCGCUCCCGACACUGGAGCUACGAGCCCAACCCGGCGCACGUGCUGUUCUCGCGACUGCCCUCCAUCACCGACCCGCUCGCGUACGCUAUGAGAGCUUACCACCUCGAGAUCCUGCAGAAGAGCCUCCACAUGUUACUGUGUGCAGACGAGCGAAGCAACACGCGUGAUGUGUUGGACCUCGUCAAGUUGAUCACUGACGAUGUGUCCACUCAAACUCCACACCAUACCGGUUGCUGGGACCCCGUUAUGGAGUGGUGGGCGAGCAUCGUGAGCGUGGCGGCCACGUGGUUGCUCGCCGACUCGCAGAAAUCCGCUGACAUUGUGGAUAAGCUUAACAUGAUGCCAGAAGAACUUGCGAACUCCGAAGAUCCCUUGCCCGGGGCGCUCCACUCGGCCUACAAAAGCCGCCGCGGUCUCUUGAGCCUGGCGCAUUGUAAAGAUGAACACUCCAUUGAGAGGACUUCCGAAACUAUACUCAAGGUGUGUGAUAUUGCUGGAACCAGAUUAGCGGAUUCGCUGGCGUAUUACUGCUGCCGGAAACCGACGCAGCUUAUGAUGUUGAUGCAAGUGCUGUGCUGCGACUGGGUGCUGGAGGUGCGCGCGGGCGUGUGGGAGGCGAGCCCGGCGGUGCGCGCGGCGGAGUCGAGCCGCGCCGCCGCCUCGCCGCCCGCGCCGCACCCGCACCUGCGCGCCUUCCAGAGAGACCUGCACUCGCUGCGCCGACUGUCGCAGACACUGCCGUGGGUGACGUCACGCGUGUUCCUGCACUCGGCCGUGUGCCGCAUGAUGGCGGGCGCGGCGCCGCGCCGCACGCAGCAGCUGCUGGACGGCAGUCUGCGCCCGCGGCUCAACCGCUCCUCCAUCAUAUGCGGGAAAGAGCGGGCAUUGGAAGGCGGCGGAGGUGAGGGCGAGCGCGCGGUGGCGCUGGUUAUGGCGUGCAAGCACCUGCCCGCGGCGGUGCUGGCGGCGCCGGGCGAGCGCGCCGGCAUGCUGGCGCAGGCGGCCGCCAUGCUGCAGAAGAUCGGCCACCGCAGCCGCCUGCCGCACUGCUACCACCUCAUGAAGUCUGUGGGCACCCUGCCCUCUGCCCCGUGAACACACUCAAUAACAAAAACUCAAUCACCUGGACUUUAUUAUAUAUACAUGGUGCUCGGGAUAUAUCCCAUAACUUCAAGACGUUGACGAGUCAACUAUUAGGAACCGAACUGCAUAACUAAUAUUUUUUAACUAAAAAAUAAAAAUUUUAUGAAUUCAUACAAAGUAAUUCAAAUAAUUCCGACAAUCCAUGUAACACACGUCAUUUGACCAUUUAAAAGAAAGGACCUGCCUCGUAAACCGUUACCCCUCUGUCAAAGAUCAAGAAUCAAUGAUCUAAUGCGUUUAUAAAAAGCGCUAUAGAAUCGAUGUUUUAUUGUUGUAAUCGUUUUCGUCGUGUAAAGAGCUUCCUAAAAAUGCCGGUUUGUGUAGUUGAAUGGCAUAACAAUAGGGCCAAAAACUAGUAUUUUAGUAAAAGAUGGAGCAACGUUUCUUUUGUAAAUAUUUCUACCAUAAUUUUAUCAAAUUUGUAAUAAAAACGAUUUCUAAAAAGAAUCGAUUCUUUUGACGGAACAGCAAAAAAUCGAUCAAGUAAUCGAACAUUCUAUAUAAUAUAUAUUUUCUGUGGAUAGUCUAAGCGAUGUGUUGGUUAGUCUGAGUAAAAAUUACACGUGUGUGUAUUGCGAGUCAAUUAUAUAGUUGUGUGUAGUGUAUGGACAAAGAAUAUACUUAAUGGUGUUGAAUGUUUUCGAUGUAUGAGUUUAUCUCGUCCCCCUCAAAAAACGACAGACUUUUGUUGGUGAAUUUGGGUGCGAAACAGUUCCAUUUUUUAUAGGUCUAAGCACACGCCUUCAUCUAUCCUUGCAUUUUAAAAUACGUCAAACUUGGCUACGUCAUACUUACAAGGAUACGUAUAAGGGACACAUUUUAAGAUCUAUUUACAAAAGAAAUAUUUUUUACUCCGAAAAUAUUCAUUUUAGAACACAUGUUCCUUAGACAUUUUUUAAUUUGCUUGGGCACGCAGAGCCUCGCAACCGGAGGAGCGGAUUAAAGUUUAAUAGUUUUCUUAUUGUCUUAACAAGAUUCUUGUAACAACAUUGUUAAAAAUUAGAAAUAAAUAUAAAUAAAUAAAUGAAUUAUAGAAAAAAAGAACUUGUUGAGUAAAAUAAUAUGUAUGUAAUGGUGCUUGCGUGAGUUGUCGACAUUUUUAGUGCGCGUAUGUAAUGUAUGUGUAAUCUAUGUGCGCAUAGAGCAAUAAGUUUUUUAGAAAAUAUAUCUUUAAAAAAAAUUAAGAUUUUUAAAACAACAUCUAGUUUCUAGAACAUUAACUGUACUGUACUAUAUUAAAAAAAAGUUCUUGUUAAGAAAGGUGUAUUGUAAUUAUUGAUUUUUAUUUUAUUGCAAUAUAAAAGCGAAUAAUGUAAGACAUUGUGACCAUUUUAUUUUAUACUAGCGGACGCCCGCGACUUCGUCCGCGUAAAAUUAGUUUUUUUAGAAAUCCCUCGGAAACCAUGGAUUUUUCCGGGAUGAAAAGUAGCCUAUGUGUUAAUCCAGAAUAAAAUCUAUUUCCAUUCCAAAUUUCAUCCAAGGAACAAACAUACACACACACACAAACUUUCGUCUUUAAAAUAUUAGUGUGAUAGCGGUCAUGCUUUCGCUUUCGCUUUUACUUAUGUACACAUCUUCCCUACCCCUACCUUACCCUACUCCCUACCUAAACUUACCCAACCCUACUGUGCCCCUACUUUUCCCUUACCCUACCGCUAACCCUAACCCUACCCUACCCCUGCCUUACCUCUACCCUACCCCUACCUUACCCGUACCCUACCCGUACUCUACCCUACCCGUACCCUACCCUACUCGUACCCUACCCUACUCGUACCCUACCCUACUCGUACCCUACCCCUUCCCUACCCUACCUCUAUACUACCCUUCCCCUUCCCUAUCGUACCCCUACCUCUACCCUACCCCUAUACUACCCCUACCCUACCCUAACCUACUCGUACCCUACACCUUCCCUACCUUACCCCUACCCUUCCCCUACCUUUAGCAAAAUGGGUCCUGCCCUUUGAGGGUGGUGCGAUGACCAAAGGACUAUUUCCCAAGAAACUAAAGAGGGGUAGUCUCUGGAUCUACUGGACCGAUUUAGAAAAUUCUUUUACCAGUAGUAAGCUACGUUACUUGCGAGUGUCAUAAACUAUGUUUGAUCACCAUAUUCACACGGGAACGGGAACUACGUAAUUGAAAGCGCGGGGCGUCAUGUAGCGGAAUUUCUGCGUCUUUUAGAAAUUUUGUAUUAUCUCCGAAACUAUUUAACUAAUUAACAUACUAUAAAGGGCAAACCUUAUCUCCAUAAUAUCCUUGUGAUUAUUAAAUAAUUUAUUUUGAUAAGGAUUUAAGUUAAGUAGCAUAAAUAAUGACGCAAACCUAAGUAUAUAAAAUUAAUAAUUUUUAAAACACAAAAGGUACUAUAUCUGCUAAUAUAUAGAAGAUAGAUAUAUGGCGUCGCGGACUUUUUUGUAGAACUUUUAAAGAUACAUAAAGCCUCCAUAGAUUAAUUUCAAUUUUACACAAUGGUUAAGGCAGCGCAUGCGAAUAAGUCUGCCUUAGAAGAUUUUCGGUCCGACCUGUAUGACAAAAACUGUGUUAACUCGGCUAAUAUAUAUGAUACCAAUAUAAAAUAUAGCCUAUAGCACUCCCCGAUAAUGUAGCAUUCUACUGGUGAAAGAAUUUUUGAAAUCGGACCAGUAGUUCCGAAGAUUACCCCAUUUAAAAAAUGUGACAAACUUACAAACUUACAAACUACCUCUUUAUAAUAUUAGUAUAGACUGGUAGUUUUAUGUAAAUUUAACAAUGGCCACUGUUUUCAUGCAUAUUAUUACUUAUUUUAAUAAUAUUAAGUUAAAUAAAUUUAUUGUAUGCAAGCAAUGUAUUUUAAAUAUGUAUCAUAGUAAUAAAAUUAUUAUUUGUGAAGAGAAA